AUGGACGACCUCACCGCCGAAACCGCCAGCAAGCGUGACCAGGCGGCAUCGGGCACCUCAACCCCCAAGGGCGGCCUGCUCGGCGGGUUCGCGGCGAUCCGUGAACGAGCCGGUCUUCAGGACCGACUUGUCGAGAAACUGCUGCAGCAGGUCAUCCCCGUCGACGACGACAAUGGCCCCGACACGCCCCUCACGACGGCCGAUGCCGGUGCCGCGUCGGCGUACUCCCAGCGGCCCAACUUCAACCUCACGACCAUGUCCUACAACUUUCGCCAGUUCAACUCCCGCAUCGGCGUCGUCUUCCUCUUCCAGGCCGAUGCCGUCCGCCUCUUCUCCUGGGCCAAGCCCUCCCACACGCUGUCCUUCCUCGCCGCCUACUCCUUCGUCUGCCUCGACCCUUACCUCCUGCCGGCCCUGCCGAUGAUCCUCCUCGUCCUCGCCGUCCUCGUGCCCUCGUUCGUCGCCCGGCAUCCGGCGCCGCCCAAGGGCACGCUCAGCAGCGAGCAGAGCAUCGGCUACUCGGCGAGCGGUCCGCCCCUCGCGCCGGCGGCGACGGUGCGGCCGGCCAAGGAGAUGAGCAAGGACUUCUUCAGGAACAUGCGCGACCUGCAGAACAGCAUGGGCGACUUCAGCAACGCCCACGACAAGAUCGUCGAGCUGCUCGUGCCCGUCACCAACUUCAGCAACGAGGCCCUCUCCUCCACCAUCUUCCUCUUCCUCACCGUCGCCAUCGCGGCCAUGACCAUCGCCGCCCACAUGGUGCCGUGGCGCAUCAUCUUCCUCUUCGGCGGCUGGGCCCUCGUCGGCAUGGCCCACCCCAGCGUCAAGGCCGUCGCCCACGCGCUGCACGAGGAGCACCUGCGACCGCGCGAGGAGGAGGUCAAGGCCUGGUUCGACCGCUGGAUCGCCGACGACGUCAUCCUCGACUCGGCGCCCGAGACGCGCGAGGUCGAGAUCUUUGAGCUCCAGCGCAUGUCCUCGGCCGGCGAAUGGGAGCCCUGGCUCUUCUCGCCGUCGCCCUACGACCCGCUCUCGCAGGUGCGCAUCGCCGGCGACCGGCCCCGCGGCUCGCGCUUCUUCGAGGACGUGCUGGCGCCCAACGGCUGGGAGUGGAGCGAGAAGAAGUGGGCGCUCGACCUCUGGAGCCGGGACUGGGUCGAGGAGCGCAUCAUCACCGGCGUCGAGGUCGAGACCGAGGGCGAGCGCUGGGUCUACGACAUCUACGACGACCGCGAGGAAAGGACGGGCGUGGUCGAGGGCCCGGCCGACGGCGGCAAGGCCAAGGCCAAGGCCAGGCCUUUGCCGAGCUGGGAGGAAGGGUCGGACGGGCGCGAGGCUCGGGGGGACUGGCGACGACGGCGUUGGGUUCGCCUCGUCAAGCGAAAGGCCGCACCGGCCGCGGGGGUCUGA